AUGAUGGCUUUACUCACUCGACUCCGUGCUUCUCCCCACUCCUCACCUUGCUACCUGCUAUUCUUCUUCCUUCAUCUCAACCCAUGCGGGUCCCUCAGCCGUGGCAGGAAGAAGCGGCAGAAGUACCUCCCUCGGUACCAACACCUGCUGCCAGAUGAAACCUACCUGUGGCCCUGCAUGGCUAUUUCCAACCCAUGCUGGCCCUUCUUACCUGCUCUUUCCUCCCCCUCCUCCCUUUCUCCUCCCUCCCAGCCGUGUGAAGAGGCAGCGGCACAGGUACCUGCCACGCUACCAGCACCUGCUGCCAGAUGCCUCUCUUUGUUCGCCCUCGUUCCCCCCUUCUCUCUCCUGUUCCAUUCUCUUAACUCCCUCGUGGUUUCCUCUAUCUUCUCCUCUUACUUCCUCUCUUCCCCCAUAACACAUCAUCCUCCCAAUCUGCUCUCCUUCUCCAGGCUCUCCGCUGAUCCAUUCGUGCCAAGAGCAGCUUCUAUGCACAGCAGUUCAUCACCUAAUUCGUCUCCCUUCUCCCUUUCUCUCCCCCCUAUCCUUUCUCCCUCCUCUUUCUCCCUCUGCUGUUCCUUCUCCAUCUUCAGCUCCAUCUGCUCUGCUGGCCUCCCUUCCCCAGGCUCUAUGUCCACUUCUCCCUUCACGCCAACUGCUGCUGCCAUGCACAGGACAUCAUCAGCUCAUUCGUCUCUCUUCUCCUCUCUUCCCCCUAUCCCUUCUCCCUCCUCUUCCUACCUUUGCUGCUCUGCUGGCCUCUCUUCCCCAGGCUCUAUGUCCGCUUCUCCCUUUGCGCCAACUGCUGCUGCCAUGCACAGCACAUCAUCAGCUCAUUCGUCUCUCUUCUCCUCUCUUCCCCCUAUCCCUUCCUCCUCUUCCUUCCUCUGCUGUUCUGCUGGCUUUCCUUCCCCAGGCUCUAUUUCCGCUGCUCCGAACGCGCCAAGUGUGGCUGCCAGGCGCAGCGAAUCGUCAACUUGCACAUCGUGA